AUGGACCCUUCAGUACAGCGAUUGCUUACGGACAAGCUCUACGACAAGCGGAAGCAAGGUGCCCUUGAGCUCGAGCGUAUGAUCAGGGAAGCCCUCGCCGCCAAAGAUCACGAGAAGAUUCGCAAAAGUAUCGACCAGUUAUGCCAUGAUUACGCUUAUGCUGUCCAUCUGCCACAUGCCCGUAAUGGAGGGUUGAUCGGACUGGCCGCGGCGGCUAUUGCGCUGGGUUCGGACGAAGUCGCCCGCUACUUGCAAGAAAUUGUUCCACCAGUUCUGGCAUGCUUUACAGAUCAGGACGCUCGAGUGCGAUACUAUGCCUGCGAAGCCAUGUACAACAUUGCCAAAGUGGCAAAGGGCGAGAUUCUAGUCUUCUUCAACGACAUCUUUGACGCAUUAUGCAAGCUUGCUGCCGACUCCGAACUGUCUGUCAAAAAUGGCGCCGAGCUCCUGGACCGUCUCAUCAAAGACAUUGUUGCCGAAUCAGCAUCUUCUUAUGUCUCGGUGUUGAACUACACCGAUGAGAAUGGUGAGCCUACUGGCUCUGACAGGGACAGUGCCGACUAUCCCACCACCUUCUCCCUUGAAAAGUUCAUUCCUCUACUGGAAGAACGUAUUCAUGUUCUUAACCCGUUCACCCGGACUUUCCUGGUUUCAUGGCUUACUCUUCUUGACACCAUUCCGGACCUGGAACUCGUACACUAUCUUCCAUCGUUCCUGGAGGGACUGUUCAAAUUUCUUGGGGAUCCAAACCGUGAUGUCUAUGUGGCAACGCAAGGUCUGCUAGAACGCUUCCUCAGCGAGAUCAAGCAGAUUGCCAAGAUCAAGAGGGGGAUCGCCGAGAGCCGCAGGAGCCGAGCCAGUCGCCCCAAACCUGCUUCUGAUAGCCAAGCGGGCAGUGGUACAGCCCGCGGAAGUGAUGGUAACAGUGUUUUGGCCGACAAUGCCAUCGAGGAUUCGGAGUCGAGCACUGCCCAAGAAGACUCGGCGGAACUGGAAGAGAAUGGCGGUGAUUGGAUACCGGGUCAGGACGUCCAAGUCGACUACGCCAAGAUCCUCGACAUCCUGCUCAAAUUUGUGGAUCAAAAGGAGGAGGAGAUUGGAAUCGUGGCGCUUCGGUGGAUCGACAGCUUCUUCGAAAUCAGCCCCGAGGAUAUCCUCCAGUUCGUUCCAAGGCUCCUGUCUUGCGUGUUGCCAGCGCUUUCGGCGCAGUCCGAGCAAGUCCGCACGACUGCCAGUAAGGUCAAUCGAUCGCUGAUGGAUUACAUUGUCUCGUUUCAGGACGAAGUUGCUACAGAGGAGGCCAGUGCACGGGCACCCAGCAGCCUUUCAGUCUCGUCCGCACGGGAUGCUGAAGGUGCAGAUAGAAGGCAGUCGGAAGUGACUUCGAAAGGCGUACCGGGUCAAUCGUCAGGUCAGGAUGAAGCCGCUGCUGGUUCUUCCGCUGAACAGGAGUCAUCCUUCGCAGACACGACCGCCCAUUCUCCUGCGGAAUCAUCCGAGAAGCCAGUGGCUGAUCUGGACUAUGCGGCUGCAGUCAAUGCGUUGACUUUGCAGUUUCUGAACGAACACGAGGAGACGAGGGUGGCGGCGUUGAGCUGGUUGAUCAUGCUUCACAGGAAAGCGCCCAAAAAGGUGCUCGCUUUCCACGACGGGACGUUCCCUGCUCUGCUGAAGACUCUGUCCGACCCGGCCGAAGCGGUCGUGACACGAGACUUGCAGCUUCUGUCGCAGAUCUCCAAGAACAGCGAAGACGGAUAUUUCACCUCGUUCAUGGUGGCUCUACUGCAGCUGUUUUCGACAGACAGGAAACUCCUCGAAAUCAGAGGCAACCUGAUUAUUCGUCAAUUGUGUCUGAAUCUGCAGCCGGAGCGGAUCUACCGGACACUGGCCGACUGUAUCGAGAAAGACGAGGAUAUCGAGUUUGCCAGUAUCAUGGUGCAAAACUUGAACAACAACCUGAUCACGGCACCAGAGCUGGCCGAGUUGAGAAAGAGACUGCGAAGUCCCGACAGCAAGGACGGCCAGAUGUUCUUCGUGGCCCUGUUUCGUGCUUGGUGUCACAACGCCGUCGCCACGUUCUCGUUGUGUCUACUAGCGCAAGCCUACGAACAAGCCUACAACCUGUUGCAGAUAUUUGCGGAUCUGGAAAUGACGGUCGACAUGCUCAUCCAGAUCGACAAGCUGGUGCAACUUCUCGAAAGUCCAGUCUUUACAUACCUUCGACUCCAACUGCUCGAACCCGACCGCUACCCAUACCUGUAUAAAUGCUUGUAUGGGCUGUUGAUGCUUCUGCCCCAGUCGUCAGCGUUUGGCGCGUUGAAGAACCGGCUCAACAGCGUCUCGGCAAUAGGAUUGCUCCACACCCCAGCGUCGAUGCCCACAACGACACGAUCGUCGGUCGUAUCGGGCAUGACAUCGUCGAACAUACCAUCAGCAUCCACGUCUUCCGUGACAGGUCGACUCAACCGCAGCCGCGACGCCGGCAACGAGAUCAAAUGGCCCGAACUGCUCGAGAAGUUCAAACAGACUCAGGAAAAGGCACGGCGGCGCAACCAACGUCUCCUCCGCGGCGCGGAUCUGGACGGCGGGUUCCCUGGAGGGAGCGGCAGCGCGGGAGCCAGACAUCUGCUCGACGACGGUGGCGUCGACGGUCGAUCCAGCCGCGCCAGUCUUCGUGACGACGUCGAAGGGAAAGGAAUGGUCACGUCCAGAGGUGGCACAAGCGGCUUAAGGCCGUUGAGCAUGGUCGCUUCGUCUUCCGGCGUCGGGUCGGGGUUCGGCAAGGCUGGAGGUUCAGGUGGUGGUGGUGGGUUGACGGUCCCGACGGGAGACAGGGCUGGGUCGCAUAAGCGCGGACACAGUCUGGCUGGGGGAUUUGGCAAGUUUGCUAGUGGCAUUGCUCGAGCCGGCAGCAAUCGAGAUCGAGACCGGCCGAAGAAAUGA